CUGUGCGGCCAUGCCGCCCUCGUCUGUCACGCAACUGCGCAAGGCGACCUUCCAACAAGUCACUCCCCAGCCCUCGUGACGACCUUUAUAAACAGAGACGGAGGGAGAGAAAAAGAAGAAGAAAAAAACACUCCUCUGACUUAUUCAGCCAUGGCGGCUUUCCGCUCGCUACGGCGCCGUCUGCCGCUGGCGCUUCUCCUCGCCGUCUGUGUUGCCGCUUCGCGUAGCGACCCUUCCGGCGACGAUUUCUACAACCGCUCCAUAUGCAAGCUGCAACCAUACAGAUGCGGCGAAGUGAAUAUCACCUACCCGUUCUACCUUUCCGACGACACGGCGGACGUCCUGGGCAACUCCUCCUCCUACUGCGGGUACCCUGGGCUGGCCAUCGACUGCGUGGACGACGAGUACCCCACCAUACAGCUCGGCGGCAACAGCAGCAACACAGGCUACUCCUACAACGUGACGGACAUCGACUAUCCCACCUCCACCAUCUACCUCGCCGACCCGGACGUCCUCGACGACGCGAGCUGCCCGCGGGUCGACCACAACGUCACCGUCUCGCCAUCGCCGACCUUGUGGCUCAACCUGUCGGACUACACCGUCCGUUACCUGCUCUUCUUCGCCAACUGCUCCAUCAACGUUCUCCACGUUCCCAACCAGUCUGACAUCAACCCGAUCGCGUGCGCAAGCGGCUCUGACGGCGACUACUCUUUCGUGAUCCCUUCGGAGAUGCCCCACCAGCUUCUGCUGCAGAUGUGCAGCCAACAAGUGAUCCUAGUGCCGGUGCUCCAGAACGCCUCGCUGACGCCGGUCGAUCCGCAGUGGAGCACCAGCGGGUACCGCGACGCUCUCAAGCAGGGCUUCCAGCUGCAGUGGGACUCGGACAGGAAGACCGAGCGGUGUGCCGAGUGCGAGGGAUCCAAUGGACGGUGUGGCUACAACAGAUCUGGGGAAUUCGUGACUUGCCUGUGCGCCGACGGCCACGUGAGCGACCAUGAAUGCACCAAAGGAUCAAAACGGAAAAAAGCAAUUAUUGCCGGUAUUCUUGCAGGCACGCUGUCGUCCCUUCUAUUCUUGUGUCUAGUCAUUCUCACAUUCUUCUCUGCUUACAAAUACGGGAUGCUGCCAUUCAAAUCGAAGGACGAACCAAGGAUCGAGUCCUUUCUACAGAAGAACGGGAACCUGCAUCCAAAAAGAUACACCUACGCAGAUGUGAAAAGAAUGACAAGAUCCUUCACCGAGAAGCUAGGCCAAGGUGGGUUCGGAGCCGUGUACAGAGGCAGCCUCCACGAUGGCCGCCAGGUAGCAGUCAAGAUGCUAAAGGACACCAAAGGCGAUGGCGAGGAAUUCAUGAACGAGGUGGCCAGUAUCAGCAGGACUUGUCAUGUCAACAUCGUGACACUGACGGGGUUCUGCUUGCAAGGAUCCAAGAGGGCGCUUGUUUACGAGUACAUGCCGAAUGGUUCGCUUGAAAGGUACGCCUUCAGGGCUGCAAGAUACAUUGAACUUCGAUGCCCCCUCCCAUGGCGAGCGAGUGCCCCCUCCCCGCCAUUGCAGCCGACCCCCCCACCUCAACCCAGCUCCCCACCUCUCUCCUCCACCGCAGAUCGAUAGAUCAACCCGCUACCUCCCUCCCAAGCCCUGUCUCGCCUCGGCCGACGCGCUCUCCUACCGCGCCCCCGCCCUGUCUACCUCCGCCUCCGCCGCCGGCAGGAUCACAGAGGAGAUCUCGCCCAGCCUCAGUUAUUGUGGUUCCAGAGGCUUGCACUGCUGUCUCCUGCCAACCGGCCACCCCCGCUCCCACCAAACGUGUGCGCUUCGCCAUUACUCCUCCCCUGCACUGCAUCUCCGCCGCGCCGCGCGCAUCUGGCAGCAGACCCACAUUCACUGCGGCCCCCCUCUCUGCGACACCCGCGAGCUGCGGCAGGCCUGAACACGUCGCCGUAGAUGCACUGGAUGGCUGGACAACGGUCCGGCGCAAGCGCUCGCAUGGUGCCCGCGAGCAUUCAAGACGUCCAACCACCAGGCCGUCGCUGCCUUCAAAUUCGGCCAGAGACAAAUUGCUGGUAAGUCUGAGCGGUAAAUGCUUCCGUUGUCUGGGCAGAGGACAUCGUGCUUCCUCCUGCAGGGACCCUCUGUGUUGCUUCGGAUGCGGAGGCCCCGGCCACAAAGCUCGGCUCUGUCCCAAGGCCAAGACCUCCCAGAAUACGACUGCCCAGCAACCGCCUCCCAGACUCCACAGCGACGACUUCCCUCCGCUCGUUCAAGCCACCAUGCCUCGUCCAGGCGAGCCAGGGACGCGCCCCAGUGAAACCUUCGCCGUCGCUGCUUCCACCGGCGACAUGGAGGCAGAGCUAGAGAGGCUCUCGACCCACGCCGUCGUCGCCUGGCUGGGGCGGGACCGGCCUGAGGUAAGCGCCGACAGGAUGAAGAGGGCGUUCUGCCACUAGUUCUGCGUGCGCCCCGACGACAUCUCCGUAGCAAGACAUCACCCAGCGGACUUCGUUGUCACCUUCUCCCAUCAGCACCACAGGGAGACGGCUUUGGAGCGCAGGGAAUUCCUCUUCGGCAACCUCGACAUCCGCGUUCGGCGGUGGCUUCCGAUGACCCAAGCAGACCCUGUGGACCUCAGGUAUCACGUCCGGCUAUGCCUGGAGGGGAUUCCCCUUCACGCUUGGAACGAGAGCAUUGCCAAGAGUGUGGUGGCGAGGGCCUGCGAUCUGGACUAUGUCGAGCUUCAGUCGCUGAGGAAGGAGGACACGCGCGCCCUCUGUCUCUGGGCCUGGACAGAGGACCCGUCCCGCAUUCCUAAGGUAACUUGGCUAACUAUCUCCCGCAGAUCGUCGUUGGUUCGAGAUGGAGCUACUCCACCAGCUCGUCGCUCUGGCUCCCACUUCCGAGUCAUCGUCCACCUCGACCUCGUCGAGGAUCCACCGGAAAGUGACGGCCGCUGCUCCACCCGCGAGUUCAGGUGGGCGUUGGGCGUUGUUGACGGGGAGCGCACACCUCGGGAUCGCCACGACCCGGCUCCGGUCGCCAUUGUUGGUCGCCGUGACGAGGAUGAUGACGACGAAGAGCGUCGCGGUCGCCGCAGCCGUAAAGAGGACUCAUGGAGCUCCCGUCUCUUCAGGAGCCUUUCACGCGCUCCCCAUAGGGAGCGAGACCGCUCGGAGCCACGCAGGGAUCGCCAUGGCGACAGAAGAUCGACCACCGGCGGCCGCCGGCACCUUACUUGCUCUGUGGAUGACAGCUUGCUGCAGCGGAACGGGAGCAAGCAUGUCAGCCUGGACGUCUUCCCCGACCGCGUCGCGCCACGCCAGCCUGUGUGCAUAGAUGGCUCUGCAACAAGUGGAGGCGGCCGAGAGCAGCGGCAUCGCCAAGUCAGAGGCAGGAGACAGAGCAUGAGCCCGUCGCCGCGUCCCCGCCAGGACGCCUACCCUAACAGUGGAAUGGCCACGGCUGCUCGCGGUCGCAGCCGAGAACGGAUGCCUCGUCGACGCCCUGGGAGGCGCGCGCGGUCCGUACCUCGACGUCAACACGGGACCGGUCUGGACUCUACCGCUGAAGGUUCACGCUGUACCUCGGAUGCCCGCCGCGACGACCUCGACAGCACGCACCCACCUCCCCCAAGCCCGCCGGCGAUUGGCACCACCAUGCCGGCGGGGUCGACCACACCCGUGCGCCGCUUCCGCCCAGGAUGCGUCUACCGCAGACGCAGCAGAUCGGCGCCGCGCCAGGAGCUGCAAGCGGCGACGUCUUUCAUCGACAGCAUCUCCGCCCCUGUCGCCCAACCUAUAUUACGCCCGCAAGAUCAGGGGUAUGAGCUCCCCAAGAAGACACAAAAAAGUUUCAAGGGAAGUGCAGGAACUUCUACCCGCAGGAGCGCGAGGCUGGCGACCAUCGCUUGGCCGCGUGGAGACAUUCAGAGCCGCGCGCGCCAAGUGCUCAUGAAGCGGCUUGGAAUACUUCCAGAGUCGGACUCUGAUCAGAUGCAGAACCGGGCAACUGACGAGGAGCUCAAGCGCUACUUCAGCCUGUUCAAUGGCCCGCUGACCCUCCCAGCCACCAAGGCUUUGGUCGCCCUAUGCGGAUUGGAUGACCCUAAUGAGGCUGGGCUGCAGUCAUCUUGAGCUGCAGAAUGAUGUUGUGGGAAGCAACUUUUCCAUGUUAGGUCUGUUUAUUGUCAUCUGCUUGGUAUGUGGAAAGUGUGCACACCUCUGCUUGUUCCAGGGGAUGCGAUUUGCCACUUGUAUCACUACAUUAGUUCUUGUUAGCUCGCUGGGGCAUGAGGUAGCAGCCAGAGGCCUUCAGCUACGGACUACCAAAGCAAGCUUUAUCUACAUAUGCGCCUGCAAGUGUGUUUCGCGUGUCCGGCUGGACGGCCACAGACUCCAGUCGUCCAUUGCUAUCUGCAUGUACCCUACUUCAAUAUAUCCAGCGGGUUGCUCCACUACUUCUAUGCCAUCAGCGCUCGCUGUGUUUGUGAUGUUCACCUUCAGUUCCAGAUCCUGCACGCCAGUCCGUAUGACGGGCGUUGCAGUUGGGUUUUCUCUGGUACAGGAAUGACUCAACGCCACUACCAAAUCCUGAGCUGGAAUGUGAGAGGCCUAAAUGAAGGGGCGAGAAGGGACACCGUGCAUGAUCUUGUUCGUGAUACAGGUAGCACAAUCGUAUGUCUCCAAGAAACAAAGCUGUCGAUGGUAGACCACCAUGUCAUCGCACGCACUUUAGGGUCAAAAUUCCUUACUAGCUAUGUUGCUCGGCCAGCAAACCAAACCAGAGGGGGCAUUCUGCUUGCUGUGUCGGAAGACUUCUUCACACUCUCUAACGUAUCUACUUCCGACAACGCCAUCACAGCCAUGAUCACCAUGAAAGCGGACGGCACAGAGUGGUGGAUUACAGUGGUCUACGGGCCCCAAUCCGAUGCAGACAAGCUCCUGUUUCUUCAGGAAUUGAGGGCCCUUGCCUCCCAGGGACACGAGAGGUGGCUGGUCCUUGGGGAUUUUAAUCUCAUUUACCAGGCUUCAGACAAGAACAAUCUAAACCUAAACAGGCGCCUCAUGGGUUCAUUCAAAUCCACCAUAGAUGACAUCCACCUUAAGGAACUUCGUCUGAAUGGCCGCCAAUUCACCUGGACCAAUGGGCAGGCUGAACCAACCAUGACAAGAAUUGACAGAUUCUUCUGCACGCCCGAUUGGGAGCUUCUCUUCCCAACCUGCUACAUCCACUCCCUACCCUCCCUCAUGUCGGACCACACCCCUCUGCUCUUGCAAGGAGAGAUAAUGCGCAAAACAAACAGUUCCUUCCGCUUCGAGAACUUCUGGACACGCAUUGACGGAUUCAAAGAAGCGGUAUAUUCGGCCUGGAAUAAGACGUUACCCUCUGUCCAGCAACCACUCUUGCGCCUGCACAUCAAACUGGCACGAACGGCCAAGGCCAUCAAAGCUUGGAGGAGAGUGAAAGUAGGAGACACGAAACUUCAGCUGGCCAUAGUCAAGGAAGUGAUUCUUCGCUUAGAAACUGCUCAGGAAGCGCGCACUCUAUCUCUUGUCGAACUGAACCUCCUCAGAAGAUUGAAAGCUAAAUCCUUGGGGCUAGCACUCGUUGAGAAAUCACGAAUCAGACAAAGGUCCCGCUUGACCGCCGUCCGCCUUGGGGACGCCAACUCAAGAUUUUUUCAUCUCAGGGCAUGCUCUAGGGCAAGGAAGAACUUCAUCCAAGCCUUGCAAACUGAGACUGGCUUGGUCGUCACACAGGAAGGAAAGGAGAAGGUCAUCACUGACCACUUCAUGCAGCAUUUGGGCACAACGGCCCCUAGAGCAAGGACGUUCGACUGGAAUUCGCUAGGCUACCACCACAUUGAUCUUUCCUCCCUGGAAGCUCCUUUCUCCCAGGAAGAAAUUAAAGAGACUAUCCUCUCAAUGCCUCGCGACAAGGCGCCAGGCCCGGACGGGUUCACAGGUACCUUCUACAGGGCAUGCUGGGACAUCAUUAAGGACGAUUUAACAGCAGCGUUUAACCAGCUCCACAAUUUAAAUGGGCAAGGAUUCAAACUUCUGAAUGCAGGCAACAUUGUUCUCAUCCCAAAAAAAAAGGAUGCUUUGCGGGUGAGCGACUUCCGCCCCAUCAGCCUCAUACACAGUGUUGCCAAAAUUUUCUCAAAAUUAUUGGCCAACAGGCUUGCGCCCCACCUAGACGAUCUUGUUUCAAAGUGUCAAAGUGCCUUCAUUCGGAAGAGAUGCAUCCAGGAUAACUUCUUAUACGUGCAAAAUAUUGUCAGGCAAUUCCAAAAGAACAAAACACCAGCACUAUUCCUAAAGCUAGACAUCCAGAAAGCGUUCAACACGAUAAAUUGGAGCUACCUUUUAGAAUAUCUACAAGCUCGCGGAUUUGGUCACCGUUGGCGCGAAUGGAUUACCAUCCUUUUUAGCACGGCGAGUUCCAGAGCCCUGAUAAAUGGUGUUCAAGGAGAAAGCUUCGACCACAGGCGGGGGGUGAGACAAGGGGACCCCCUCUCUCCCAUGCUGUUCAUCCUUGCCUUUGACCCACUGCAAAGGAUUUUAGACCUUGCUUCAGAGCAUGGUGUCCUGACACCUCUCCCUCUUGCUGCAGCUAAGCUCAGAACCUCCCUCUAUGCUGAUGACGCGGCUAUCUUCAUCAAUCCAACCCGUAAUGACCUGCAAGCGGUCAAACAGAUCCUCAAUGCGUUCGGAGCUGCAACGGGUCUAACAACAAAUUUUGAGAAAAGCUCCAUCCACCCCAUCCGUUGUGAAAAUGAAGAUUUGUCCAACAUCCUCCAGCCGUUCCCGGGAUGCUGCAAAACCUUCCCUUGCCAAUACCUCGGCCUUCAACUCCACACCCGCCCACUACAAAAAAUUCAUGUCCAACCACUAGUGGAGAAGAUCGGACAGCGUCUUGCCGGAUGGAAAGGUCCACUGCUUAACCGCGCAGGACGCAUCACCCUUGUAUCUUCAGUGCUCUCCUCCAUGCCGAUCUACCACCUAACCAUAUUCCCCCUUGCGAAAUGGGCCACAAAGCAAAUUGAUAAGAUUCGACGCUCUUUCCUAUGGAAAGGCGAGGAUAACGCGCACGGGGGGCACUGCCUUGUUAAUUGGAAAACGGUGGCUAGACCAAAGGACCUAGGAGGUCUAGGGGUGCUAGAUCUUGAGAAAUUCAGUCGUGCCCUCCGGCUCCGUUGGCUUUGGCAAGAAUGGACAGACAGCUCAAAACCUUGGGAGGGGCUCCAGGUCCCUUGCAACAAGCUUGAUCGCCUGCUGUUUCAGGCAUCCACCACAGUGGUGAUUGGGAAUGGCAUCAAAGCGAAGUUCUGGCACCAUGGCUGGCUGGAUGGGGAGGCUCCACGCAACCUGGCACCUCACCUCUACAAGCUGAUCAGAAGGAAGAAUAAAUCUGUGGCCCAAGAACUAACUAACAGUGCUUGGAUUCAGUCUCUGAGAAGGAAAAUCACAACCACCACGCAACUUGAGGAAUUUGUCUACCUCUGGACUAGGAUCCGUCAGGUGAGCUUGCAGCCGGAUGUAGAGGACACUUUAGUCUGGAAAUGGACACAGCACGGUCUCUACUCCUCCAACUCAGCCUACAGAGCCCAAUUCUUGGGAUCCUAUAUCAACCACAAGAUCAGCCUCAUUUGGCGGGCUAGAACAGAGAACAAAUGUAAAUUCUUCGCUUGGGUGCUCAUCCAAAAUAAACUCCUCACUGCAGACAACCUAGUACGUCGUGGAUGGCCACACCACCCAUCUUGCGCCCUAUGCAAUGGACCUAUAGAAUCAGGACUCCAUCUAUGCCUAACCUGCCCCUUCGCUCAUGAGGUCUGGAACACAGUUCUUGCUUGGGAAAGCUUUUCCCUGCCGCAACAUGUGGUUUGGAGCAACAUCUCCAGCAUUAGCGAGUGGUGGGAGAAGACGGAGACUCUCUUUCCGCAGGAUCGCAAAAGGGAGUUCAAUGGCCUGGUCAUCUACACUAUGUGGAACCUUUGGAAGGAGCGCAACCGAAGAAUCUUUGAGCAUUGCUCGCUGCCACCGCUCCAGAUCGCAGAGAGAGUAAGAGAGUGUGUCUUGCUCUAUAAAAGGGCGUCCAACCGCCUUGGCUUGUACUAGGGCUGUCUGUCGUGUUCCUUCUUAGGUGCCCAAUCCUAUGGCCUGAGGGUUGCCGCCCCUAUGUACUCUAACUUUUUUCCUCUCUCUCUUAAUUGAAAGGCAGAGCUCCUGCCACUUUGUUCAAAAAAAAAAA